UUCCACAAAGUACUUGGUUUGACACAGAAAAUCCCUACAUUUUGACGUACGACACAAACAUGUAUGAUAACAUGUGGGCCGGGUUGGAGGGCAGGAUUUGAUAAUCCAGCACCCUUGUUUAUCCAGCAGAAAAUGCCGUUGCAAAAGGUGCCGGAUUAGAGAGGGACGACUGUAUUACUAUUAGAUUUAUGAUUAGUAAUACUAAUAGUACUUUAGACAGGUUGUAGACUAAAGUGGGCAUCCAUGUUUGUUGCUAGGACUCACGUGACGAACUUCACUGCUGUAACCAGGUCAUGAUUGUACUUCUAGGUAACUGUUUUCAAUAAUAAUUAUUAUUAUUAUGUUUCAGAUCAGCGCAUUUAGUUUGAGAUCUAGGAGAGUUUGAAGAGCAACGCUAACUAGAACUGCGACUCUUCUGGUGGCAGAUCUACUGGAGGCAGUGGAGCGGCUGCUAUGGUCCGUCGUAUUGAAGGGAUUGGUAUUUUCACUUCCAACGGUUUGCUACGCAGAGCACAGACAAAAAUCAUCAAGAGCAGUGAACGGUGAAAGCCAGAGCGUCUCAUCGGCGCGCAGGCACGGUGGCAUGCCAUGCAGCGACAUUGCAAUCGAAGGAUUAAUUCGGCAUCGGUACGGUGUCAGCGCGGUGGGGAUAGCACGCACGCUGCAUGCCUGCACAACGCAGGUUUUCGGAUUCCAGUUCGUCGCUAAUAAUCAGACAAUAGUAACAUAUUCCCGCUGCUCCGAUUAGCAUUGUGCGCGUGCUUGCAUGUACACGCACUGUAAACAAUGUCGGUGUGUUAUGUACCUGUCGUCAUCCGAUGAUCUUCACUGCUAAGUGUUAGUGUUACUGUAACUACCUGUACCAGAACUGCACUGCUGAAGUAACGUUAGUUAGUUGGAGUCACGGUACUCGGUAGUACCAAUCCUGGGUAGCCUGCCAAAGUACCGUGCUACUGGGUCAGUAGUAGUCUCAACAUUACGUAUUAGUAUUACGCGGUAUUGUACUGCCAGUGCCAUCUAGUACUAGUAGCCGUGUGUGCAGUGAAGUCAACCAACCCCCCCCCCCCCCCUACCAUGCAGGAACCUGUUGAGAUCUCCGAGUCAUGCCUAGCGGGUGAAGACAAAGCACUGGAGGAUGACAAGAAAGCAGCAGCUAGAACACCCUGGUACCGGCUACUGCCGUUCAACCCGUUCCCGUUGCGUGGAUGCAACGUCGACAAGAGAUUUCCAGGCAUGGAGGCCGGCUGGCUGUCACUAAUGACCUAUCACUGGUGCAACAAGAUCAUCUGGCAUUCGUAUCGCAGCAGUCUGCAGCUAAGAGAUCUCUGGCGUCUUCAUCCACGUCUCCAUGCUGACCGAACAGGCGAGGAUGUGAUGCACGAAUGGGAUCGUGCCAUCAAACGACACGGCGGCGAUGCAAGCAAAGUCAGCAUGAGCUGGUGUUUCUUUCGAGCCAUGCGCUGGAGUGUACUGCGCGUGUUCUUCUUGAUGUUCCUUUUCAGCAUACUGUCGUUCAUCGGCCAGGCCUUAUUGCUCUUUGAGCUGUUGACGUUUGCACAGAAGCCAGUCGAGGAGACGGAUGUGUAUGAUGGCGUGCUUCUCGCUCUUGGUCUGUUUCUGACCGAAACUGUACGUUCGAUGGUGUUCGGAAUACACUGGUACUAUGGAGUGGAAAUUGGGGUACGGCUGCGGUCUGCCAUCAACAUACUCGUUUAUAACAAGAUAUUGCGCCUGCGCAAUCUUGGCAGCAUGACGGUGGGACAGCUGGUCAACCUGUGUGUUAACGAUAGCGAGCGCCUCUUCAAUACUGGUAUGACCUGUGGAUUUGCCAUUCAGACACCUCUCAUGGUCGCUGGCACUCUAGCCUAUUCAAUCUAUCUGGUCGGCUGGCCUGCACUGCUCGGCUUCAGCACGUUCAUACUCUUCUUUUACCUGACGCUCCUCAUUAGCAAACAGCAGGCUAAGUACAGGCAGAACGGAAUCAAGGUCACUGAUGUGCGUGUACGGACCAUGAAUGAGAUCCUGACCUCCGUCAAGCUGAUCAAGAUGUACGCUUGGGAGCAGCCAUUCAGCUCCUACGUGGCCAGUGUGCGCGCCAAAGAGAAGGAUCAGCUGCGAAAAUCCGCAUACUUGCAGGGCACAGCAUCGUCACUGGUUUUUGUCGUACCGGCGGUGGCAACAGUCGUUACCCUGGCUACCCAUGCUCUCACUGGCGGAGACCUAAGCAUUGCGCAGGCAUUCGCACUGUUGGCCACGUUUGGUGCUAUGCGGCAUCCACUUGGCACGCUACCGUACUUUGUGAGAAUAUUAAGCGAGACUCAUGUUGCUCUGCCACGCCUCAAGAAGCUGCUCCUCAUGCCUGAGAAAGCCCCUGUAUCGGAAAAAGUCAGCGAUAGUGGCCUAGUUAUUGAAAUGAAAGAUGCAACUUUGGCAUGGGAUGUGCGAGAAAGUGAAUACAAAAAGGCAACCAAAGACGUAAAGCUGUCAAACAUGGACAGGCUGAGAAUGGGUCUACGGAGAAAGUCGUCGGCAGCCACCCCACUCCUCUACAGCGAUAGUGUAAAGCAGCGUGCAAAUGGAACAGCUGCUGGCAAAUCAUCUGCUCUUGCCUUUAACCAGCCUCAUCUCAGCCAGACAUCUUCCAGAGGGCUGAUGGCAUCACUGGCAAGCAUGCCUCCUGACGAUUCGGCUGAUGUGCCAGAUUGCCUUGUGGACAUCUCUUUCACUGUCGGUAGGGGUGAGUUGAUUGGCAUAUGCGGCACAUUUGGAAGUGGCAAGAGCUCAAUGCUGUCAGCGUUGCUUGGCGGCAUGAACCUUCGAAGUGGAUCAAUGGCAUUCCAGGGUAGCAUCGCUUACGUAUCCCAGCAAGCCUGGAUAUUCAAUGCAUCCGUGCAGGAAAACGUUCUAUGUGGCUUGGAGCUGGAUGAAGAGCGCUACACACGAGCUUUGUCAGCUGCCGCCCUGCUACAAGACUUGGACAUUCUGCCCGAUGGUGACAUGACAGAGAUUGGCGAACGCGGCAUAAACUUGAGCGGAGGACAAAAGCAGCGCGUUUCAUUGGCGCGUGCGCUCUAUUCCAACCGGGAUGUGUAUCUACUCGAUGAUCCACUGAGUGCCGUGGAUGCGCAUGUUGGAGCUCACAUCUUCAGCGAGCUCAUCAAGCGUGAGCUGAAGGGCAAAACUGUGCUGUUGGUAACUCAUCAGCUGCAAUACUUGCCUUAUUGCGACCGUGUUGCAUUGAUGGUUGGCGGACGGCUGGCUGGUGUGGAAAAGUAUGCAACACUGGUGACGAAGAAUGCAGUCUUUGCUUCCCUCAUCGAUAGCUUCCAGUGUGAAAAGGCCGCUGAGGCUGCUGCUAAAUCAGAGCAGCGCAGUGAUCUGGGUGCCUCUUACCUAGAUACUACAGCAAGCUUGGAAGAUCUCUAUGAGAGUGACAUGAGCUUGGCUGCGGGCAAUGACGGUGAGCCGGCUGAUCAGGAAGGCGAUGUGAAAAAGGCACCUCCCGCCACUCUUGUGAAGGCGGAAGAUAGAGCGAGCGGUUCCAUCAGUUGGGCAACUUACCUGGCGUUUAUUCGCGCGUGUGGCGGAGCACUUCCUGUCCUCGCUCUGCUAUUCAUGUCUCUGAUUGCUGCUGGAGCUCAGGCUGGAACGGACUACUGGCUAAGUUACUGGCUGAAGCAAGGAAGUGGUAGCACUGGGAACACAUCAAGCACUAUACCUAACGACACAUUAGCCACCACGACUACUGCCCACCUUGCCAAUACAGUGCCCUUAACAGGUGUCAUGACUGAUGCAGCAACAGCUUCUGCAGUAGUGGAUUCGGGAAGCAUUUCGGACAACCCCAAGCUUGGCCAGUACAUUGGCAUUUAUUUUGGCCUCACAUUUCUGCUCAGCAUUCUGUCAAUAAUCAGAAGCCUCCUGGCCAUGUAUGUAUUACUAAAUGGCUGCAGUCGUCUUCAUGACCUGGCAUUCCGCAAGGUAUUCCGUGCGCCUAUGUCAUUCUUCGAGAGUACGCCAAUUGGACAGAUUGUGAACCGCUUCAGCAAGGACAUGGAUGAGCUAGAUGCAGCUAUGCCGUUCGGUGUCGGUAUAGUUGUUCGCAAUUGGUUCACAAUACUAUUGUUGGUACUGUUCGCAUCUUCCGUGUACCCAUAUCUCUUCAUCGUCCUCUUUGUCACUGCCAUACUGUUUGGGCUUAUCUACCGAGUGUACAUCUUGUUCUCUCGAGACAUCAAACGGCUGGAUGGCAUUACCCGUACGCCGUACAUCUCUCACCUAACCGCCACAAUCCAGGGCUUGAGCACUGUCCACGCGUAUGGACUGAAUAGUGACUACCAGCGGCGGUUCUCGCGGCUGCUCGACGGAAACACUGUGUGCCACCAGGCCUUCUACCUGGGGUCGCGCUGGCUGGCAUUCCGUCUAGACAUCUUGGCGGCCAUCAUCACAUCAGCCACUGCACUUACGCUAGUCGUGUUCAGAGACAGUGUUGAUGUGUCCCUUGGAGCAGUGGCCUUGGCAUACGUUGUUCAGCUCGGAGGUCAGUUACAGCUCACAACGCGUAUGAUGUCCGAAGUUGAGGCAAGAUUCACAUCCGUUGAGCGCCUUAACUACUAUGCCACGCAAUUAGAUGAAGAAGCACCAGAACAUCUUGAAGAUACUGAUCCACCACCGGAAUGGCCAUUUCAGGGACGAGUGACGUUUGACAAUGUGUGUAUGCGUUAUCGUGAGGGCACACCUCAAGUUCUACAUGAGCUCAGCUUUGAUGUCAAGGCACGAGAGAAGAUCGGUGUCAUAGGUCGCACUGGCGCUGGAAAGUCUUCGCUGGCUGUUUGCCUGCUGCGCCUGGUGGAGCUGGACUCGGGGAGGAUUCUCAUUGAUGAUAUUGAUGUCAGCACGCUAGGACUGCGUGACUUGCGAUCCCGCCUCUCCAUUAUACCACAGGAUCCGGUGCUUUUCGUUGGCACAAUCCGUUACAACUUGGAUCCGUUUGACAAGCACAGUGAUGAAGCCCUAGAAAGAGCGCUCCAGCAGACACACUUGAAGGAUACAAUUGAUCAGCUUCCCAGUGGACUAGACACAGAAGUCUUAGAGAAUGGGGAGAACUUCUCCGUCGGUGAACGUCAGCUGAUGUGCAUGGCACGGGCCUUGCUUCGACACAGCAAGAUCCUGAUCUUGGAUGAGGCCACUGCAUCCAUAGAUACCGAGACGGACACGCUGAUCCAGAAGACAAUCCGAGAGUGCUUUGGUGAGUGUACUUUGCUGACGAUUGCCCAUCGCCUCAACACAGUUCUCGACAGCGAUCGCCUACUGGUACUUGAUGGUGGGCAUGUUGCUGAGUUCGACACGCCAGCAAACCUCAUGUCGGACCGAAACUCCAUAGUCACGCAAAUGCUAUCCUCUCCUGUAGACCAGCACUCUGCAAGAAAACCUCUUGCACGCUUUGCAAGCAAGGCUCGGGCACACUCCAACAAGGCACCGGCAAUGUGAAACACAAUAAUAUUGUGUAUGAGGAAAGGAAAUGUUACUCAUAUCAGCUCCAUCCCUGAAGGAACUCACGGCGGCCGCUACGCCCCAAAAUGAUCCAGUUUUCUUUGCAACUGGGCUGGAGUUGCAGCUAACUGUUUUAUAUCAAGUUAGGGGUAAGUGGGGGACUUCAACUCACAUUUAUAUUUCCAAAUUGGACGUGCAUCCUUAGUCGUGCUGGCUUGUACUAGCCCAUGCUGAUGUGUCCCCGGCCAUGAAACUCUCUUGGUCACUAUGGUUACUCUCUGCUGUCGUGACCAGUUUAUAUUAAUUUUAUUAGAUAAGUCCAAAAUUUUAAAAUAGUAUUAAAAUAUGCCUUGUGUCGUGUGGAUGACCAGCUUGAUAUGAAUUUGAGUUCACAGUAAUAGUGAUCAUUUUUUCAAAUUCAUGUAUAUUUGCCUUACCUACAUGUAUGUAUAUACAUGUAUAGUUAUCGCGUAUAGUAACAGUAGUCUAUGAGUAAUAAAUUACUAAUAUUAGUAAUAAUUACAUGUAUAUCGCCUAUAGUGAUCAAGUUUAUUUUUCUAAAGAUAUUUAUUUAUACUAGGUGACGUUGGGUUAGUUCUUACUUUGACCUUCAUUACAAAAAAAUAAUUAUUGAUUUACCGGUGAUACCGGUAUUAUUGAA